UCGUUGCACAACUCCGUCGGGUCCGUCGAGGACGCCCCAGUCCCAGUCCCAGUCCCAGUCUUCCCUCGUUAUCACCAGCGAAAAAAGAAAAAAAAAGAAACCCCGUCUCUUGUUUUUUACCCCCUUUCGAAAUAGUACCGGCCGUAGUGCUAGCGGUGAAGUCAUAAUUAAGCCCGAGAAACACACGGAUCACGAAGGCACUCCCCCAUUCAAACCAAAGUAGUCCGCCAUGCGGCACCCUUCUUACCUGCUGCUUGCAGCCCUCGUGGCGGGUGCCACGGCGAAGAAUAUCGCGCAAUCGAGGCAAUCGGUAGAGCGAGAUAACGUAGCCCUAAACUCUCGAGACGCGACCGAGAUCUCGCAACAACUGGUCGAGGCAAGGAUCAUCACCGCACCGGACGAAAAGCGCACGGUCGGGCUUCGGAGCAGGCAACAACGCAAGCGCGAUGACGACGACCCGUAUGACGAGUACUUGAAGGACCAGAAGAAACACCUGCAAGAGUUGCAACAAGAACAGGAGCAGCAGCAGCAGCAGGACGACGACGAUGACGACGACAAGCACGACAACAACAACGACCCGGGCCCGCCGAGGGGCCCUCCGGGAGGCACCAUAGCCGGCGCCGUGAUCGGCGUCGUCGUCGCCAUCCUCAUCGCCCUCGCGCUAUGGUUCUUCCUGCGCAUCCGCCCGCGCCGCAAGCAGCGACAGCUCGCCGCGGCGAAAGAAGCCGAGAUCAACGACGGGUACGCCAUGACGCCCGUAUCCUCCAGCACGCUCCGCGCGACGCCGCCCACAGGCACAGCAAGCAACCACAGCCUACCCCCUUCUUCAUCCGAACACAUCCGCUGGGCGCCGACGCCGUACCCGGAGCGCGCGCCCUCGAUCCACACCGGCUCGUCCAUGUCCGGGCUGGCGUUGCCCACGCCCGCGCUGACGUACUCGCCUUCCGUCGGGACAAGCGCGGCAUCGCCCCCGUCGCCGCCCGAGCCGCGCCACCACCACCAGUACCACCAGUACCAGCAGCAAGUGUCGCCGCACCCGCAGGUGCACCCGCAUUUCGACGAUAUACCGAGCGAGAAGCCGCCGUCGUACGAUGCGAUCACCGCGCUGCAGUCCUCGGAGCCGCAGCCCGAGGCGUCGGCGUACCAGCUGGGACAGGUGCCCGUCGAGCCGGAGCCGGAGCCCGUGAUGUGUCAUGUACCGGUGACGCCGCAAUAUGGUGUGGCUAAUUCGAGUGGGGAGCAUAUGCCGCGGUAUUAAAGGGGGGUGAUUGGGUAGGUAGGUACGUUAUGAGGGGUGGAGAUGAGGAGUUAAGUUCCAAGCUGUUUUCUAGGCUGUUUACGCGGUGCAAGCGAAGGGAAUGUGGAGGGAGAGAAAGGGUUCGGAUUCAAAGGGGCUU